UACCUUAUCGCCCAAAGCGAAUGAAUGAUUCACAAAAGAACAGCCAAAACGUCACAGUUUUGAUCAUUACGUAGUGCGUCCUGCUCUUCCGUAUUCCCUCCUUUUGACACUUUACCUUCACUCCGUUCCGUACAGUAACGCUUGAUUGCCGGAAAAUACAGUCGAAGUUCCGAUUGAUGGCGUCAGAUGAUACCAUGACGAUUGUUUCUUCUGUGCAGGAAGAUGAGUACGAUGAGACUGAUGAUGGGUUGGAUCACGAUCACAGGCCGCCCGGUGUUAGUUUGUCCAGGCUAUCGAUUUGCACGAACGAGGACUAUGAUAAUGGUGAUCGAGAUGAUAAUAUGAGGAUGUUCAUGUCGAGAUUGUCGAUGGAGAGCUUUGAUGCUGAUGUGGAAUUCUCCGAUGAGGAAGAUGGGAAAGAAUUGCUGGAACUGGAACUGUCGUCGGAUUCUGAUAAGGAGCCGUUUGGUUGUUACUCGCUUCCUGCCACGCCGCCCCGUAGGAGGAAUAGGAGUCGGAUGCUAGCGCGGCAGCUGAUGGGUGUGGACAAGGAGUAUGCCAGUGAAAAUGAAGUUCUGAGGCAAAGAGUGAAGAGGAGGAGGAGGAGGAUGGGAAGAGAAAGAUCGGUAGAUAAGAACAGAACCCAAACUGGUGCUGGCGGAGGUGGUGAAAGGAGAGAAGGGGAUUUUGCGGUGGGGUAUGGGAAUUACUGUGGCAGUUUUAGUGGGGAGAGUGAGGGAGGCGGCAGCAGCGUGGUGGUGAUAACGAGGCCGAAAGGUGGGAGGCGGUCGUUGUGUAUGGAUUUGGAGGAAGUGAAGGCUUGCAGGGAUCUAGGGUUCGAGUUGGAGCACGAGCGGAUGUUGGAGAUACCAAGCAGGGUUUCCCUUUCUGGUUCCAAUCUUGACACCAGCAGUGGUAGCAAUUCUCCCAUCGCCAAUUGGCGCAUCUCCAGCCCUGGUGAGCCAAAAAUCUUCCUCUUUCCCUGGAAUUCUUUAUAAUUUCUGGGAUUGAUUUUGACAUGUUCGUGUGAUGUUAUUAAGGUUAAGAAUCUUAAGAUUAAGAUCGCAUGUUUUUGCAUAAAUGAUUCAAGGGUUUGUUAAACAUCCCCUGUUCUUUGGACUUAACUAAGGUUAGAAAUUUGAUUGAACCAAAGGGGUUCUUAACUUGUGAUUUAGGUGAUGAUCCUAGAGAUGUCAAGGCUCGACUGAAGGUGUGGGCACAGGCGGUGGCACUGGCAUCUGCAUCUCGCCAUUGCAGCUGAAUACUGUGCUCUCAUAUGACCUUCCCCUGUUUUUUGCUUUUCUUCAUCUUGCUUCUUAUAUAAGUUCUGACAAUUGGGUUUUUUUUUUUUUUUUAAUUUUUCCUUGGGUUGGCAUUUUGAGACCCUUCUCCCUUUUGAAUUGUUCAUGUACAGUACUCUGCAUGUAAAUAUAACAAGAAGAUGGAAGAUGAAAAAUGGAGGGUGAAGCCAGGAGGCAGGCUUAAAGAAACACACUCUAUAGCCAGUGUGAUAUUUGAAGUUCUGCAACGGCUUUUUCUGUACCCUUUGUUAGUUUGUUUAGCUAAUUUUUGGAUUGGGAUUGUAUUUUUUAACAGUUUGAUCCUAAAAAUUUUGUUUGUGAAUGACAUUAUAAUAUCAUUCCUUUAGUGCAAACGUUCUUUUCAUUCUGUUUAAGCAUACUACUAUAUACCCUGUAUCCUCAAAGAUUUAGGACAAUAUACUAGGAAUUCUCUA